AUGGAAUAUCACAUUAAUUCACUUCCUGAAGACAAAUUUGAUCCCAAAGUUGUCAGGUUCUUCAUACCAGUUAUUCCUACCCCAGAAAACAUCAGUAAAUUUAAAGAAAUAUUUCCGCAAUUAUUUGUUAAGCUUUCUGAUCUUACGCAAUUGUAUGUAACCACAAGUGUUCAUGCGCAGAUCAUUCCUAAGCCUAUUAUCACUAAAAAAUCCACAAGAUACGACAAACCAAUUCAAAAUUUUAUGAUUAAAAAAAUCAACAAACUUCAAUUACAAAUCAAUAAGUUUAAAUCAGAGUUUUACGAGCAAAAAGCCCGAAUCAUCAAUGAUGUUACUGUUUAUAUCAAUAGUUGCUUUGAUUCUGAGUGUUUUAUGGAAUUUGACAUUGAAGGCUAUAAAGCACGAGUAAUGAGGGAGUACGACAACCACCCCACUGUCAAGAAAAUCAUUCAUCAUUCAAAUUCAAUUUUAAAUUAUUUGGCAAGACUUGAUCAGAGCAUCGAAGAAAGACUCAACAUCAAUCUAAUGAAGCAGACCCUUGCCGAAGCUACCAAAUUCGUUGAUACAGACCUUGAUUUUUCUCCUUAUAACAGUUUUGACGCAGCUUUUGCUGAUUUCACAGAAGCAUCGAAGACAAUACAGAGGUUCGAUAUAUGCGUUGCCAAUGUAAUUAAGACAUUAACUAAACGCAGAAUCAAUAUGAAAGAAUUAGACCAAGUAAAUAAAUCGUUUAACUUACUUUUCGAGCCGAAGAAUGCAAAUGAGAGGCUUGUUAUGCAUUCUGCUAUAGUUCGAGUCAUGUUUGACGAAAUUAGCUUGGUCAAGAAUUUCUUUUUGUUUUCAGAGGAGGGAUCAGAGAUGUUUGUAGAAAAAUGUGCUGUGAUAAGGCGACAGACACCAAAAGAGCUACAAAUCGUUGAAAAUAUCAUGCUACCAGUUUAUAUGAAUCAACCGUUUGAAGAAAUAGUUUCUAUAUCACCAGAUCUCAUCGAUGCAACAAGAAUACUCAAUAGCUUGCAUUUCUUGACUAAUCCUUAUGAUAUUGUCUACCAAACAUUUAAAGCUGUCAGAUCUAUCGACCAAUUUGUGAAGAAUAACUUGGGAGGGAAGGGAAAUACUAAUAUGUCCUUCGAUGACGUGUUCUCUCUGUUCUGUCCAGUUAUGGCAAUGGAUCCUCCAAAGAAUGCAGUUGCUCUAUCUAGAUUCCUGCUUUCAGUUGAUGGAUUGAAGUUCUCGCAACCACUGGACUUCUCAAAACUCAUGUUGUCUUCAUCUAUUGAUUAUAUUUCAAACAAAACAAUUUGA